AUGUCGUUACAUGGUGUCAGUCAAUUUCAGACCAUGGAGCGUCUAAAACCACCUCCCAGCUUACAACUUACAGGUAUCCUAGCAGAAAAUUUUCUCGAGAGAUUUCAAUUCACUGCUAUGGACGAAUUCAAUAUGGAUGAAUCUCGUACUGACCUUAAGAAGGCUGACAGAGAGGAUGAAAAAACGAUCGAAAAUGGCUUUCCAUCGGACAAAAUCACAUUUGAGUAUGAAAAUACACCUAAACAACUUCUCUACAAUGUAUCAGAUCGAACACCGGUUAAGAUGGCAAUCUUCUGUGCCUUCCAGCAAGUUCUCAUAGUGUUGUCGGCAUCUCUGGCUAUAUCAUCCUUCGUUGCGGACGCUGCAUGUGCUGAGGAUUUUCCGGACAUCAAAACCGACCUUCUGAGCACCGCCAUGUUUAUGAGUGGCCUCACAACUCUUCUGAUGGUAGUACUUGGCUUCAGACUUCCCGUGUUCCAAGGUUCUUGUGCCGACUAUGUCAUACCGUUAAUGGCUAUUCGCUUGCUGAACAAAAAUGUAUGCUCGCUGAUAAAUACGACGACGAACUUUACCUUAUCGAACGACAGUUCUUUUCAAAGUAUUGAAACGUCGGGAAAUAUUGAUCUGAGGAGGGAACUUGCAUAUUCUAAGUUGCAAGAGUUUCAGGGCUGUCUGAUCCUUGUGGGUGUAAUCCACUUUCUGAUCGGUAUGACAGGUGCAGUAGGCUUCCUUCUACGAUUUGUUGGCCCGAUCACCGUAGUACCGACUAUAUUGCUAAGCGGAAUAUUUCUAUCCAAGGCGACAGCAAAAUUUUCAAAGGUUCACUGGGGUAUAUCAAGUCUAACGGCCGGAACAUCUAUAAUCUUAUCACUCUUCCUCGGGCACAAGGAGAUGCCUUGUCUGUCUUGGUCCAGAAGAAGAGGUUUCUAUGUGUAUUGGUAUCCGUUCCAUCAGGUCUUCUCGAUUUUGAUCGGUAUAUGUGUCGGCUGGUGUGUCUCAGCCAUCAUGACGAUGACAGGAGCAUUGACAGACAAUCCAGAUCAUUAUCAGUACAUGGCAAGAGUUGAUGCUCGGGCAGGGAUCAUUGAGAACGCUACCUGGUUCAAAAUGCCUUACCCAAAUCAGUUUGGGCCACCAUCUUUUAAUGCUGGCAUCUUCAUUGCAUUCCUCAUCGCCACGGUAACCUCAAUACUGGACUCCAUUGGAGAUUACUACGCAUGUGCAAGAGUUUGUAACGUACCACCUCCUCCGCGGCAUGCCGUAAACAGAGGAAUUGCUGUAGAGGGUUUUGGUAGCAUACUGUCCGGUCUGUUUGGUUCUGGGCACGCGACAACCACAUCCGGCGGAAAUAUCGGGGCAUUGGGCGUCACAAAGGUAGCGAGCAGAGAUGUGUUUUGGUGGGUGUCAAUUAUAUACAUGGUCUUUGGCCUCGUUGGGAAGGUCUCAGCGGUCUUUAUAAGCAUCCCGGUGCCUGUUCUUGGUGGUGCCAUGAUCAUCAUGUUUGGAAUGUUAAACGGCAUUAUCCUCUCUAAUCUACAAGUGGUUUCGCUCUCUUCGACGCGGAAUCUAGCGAUCAUCGGGACAGGAAUACUUGUGGGUCUGAUGGUACCUUAUUGGAUCGAGACAUAUCCGGAUGACCUUUCCACAGGAAGUUCCUACUAUGACAAUAUUGUGAAAACCCUCCUUAUCAACCCAAACUUGUGCGGAGGUGUCACUGCCUGUCUUCUGGACAACACAGUUCCAGGUACACUGGAUGAGCGGGGCAUUACGGCAUGGCAGGAAUCUAGCAAGGGUGACAGCAUAAUGAAGUAUAGCGAGGGAAUAGAUGUAUACAACCCCCUCGUACCCAAAAAAUGGAUGACAUGGAAGUUCAUGAAGUACAUACCGAUCUGUGUGUACAGACCGACGCAGGCGGGUAACCGAAAUGGCGAUAUAUUAAACUCACCGUUGGAGUCUACCUCAUUCUAG